GUACAACUGUCUUUUUCCCCACCGUCAAAAUAUAAGUUUGGACAGUCCAAUUUAAAUGGUCUAUCUUAAUUCAAACCGUUAGUGUAUGCCUGUUUUUUACCACCAUACCGGAAUAAUAAAAAACAAAACAAAACAAAAAAAGUUCAAUUUUGCAGUUGAUGAUUCGCCAGGAAGUUAAUGAAAUAGCGUCCCUGCUGUCUUGUGCACAUCUUCAAGACGAGAAGCGGAACAUGAGCAGGUAUUCCAUCUACAGCCUGUUGGAUUGGGUCUACGGGGGCGUAGACCCCAAGUUCGAGGGAAAUGGGGGGCCCGAGUGCGCGGCGUUUCUCCCCUUCAAACAGCGGCUUGUCGAGAGUAUUUUUAUCAUCUUCGCAUCCGCCAUAGAAAUCGUAAUAGCACUGAGGAAAAUCCAGCAGAGUAAAGAACUGAAAGAAAUGACAAAGGCGGCGUGUGAACACAAGAAAGAGGAAAGCUUCGGGAAGAACCUGUUGCUGGUAGCGCUGUGUCUCACAUUCGGCGUGGAACUCGGGUUCAAGUUUGCCACGAAGACUUUGAUCUACCUGCUGAACCCUUGCCAUGUUGUCACAAUGUUGCAGAUUUUCCUCCUUGUUUGUCCUCCAGGCAGACUAGCAACGAUAGUCUUUAGGAUGCAGAUUCACAUGCUCAAUGGAGCACUGUUGGCCCUUCUGUUCCCUGUUGUCAACACCAGGCUGCUUCCCUUUGAGAUGGAGGUCUACUAUAUCCAGCACAUCAUGCUGUAUGUUGUGACAGUCUACCUGCUCAGGAAAGGAGGUGUGUACAUGGCAGAGCCUCUAGGGGAUUUCUCGUGGGCUCUGCUUUCCUCUGGACUCCUGUUCUUCUAUCACUUCACCUUCCUGCAGACCCUGGGACUGGUGACCCAAGUGAAUCUGAACAACAUGCUGUGCCCGGCCGUGUCGGACCCCUUCUACGGGCCCUGGUACCGAGUGUGGGCGACGGGACACCAGACCACCCUGACGCUGCUCCACGGGAAGAUCCUGACAGGGCUGUUCUAUUGCGCUGUGCACUCCUACCAGUACCUUCUGGACUCUGUCAGACUGAGAACUAAAAAAAUCCACUGAGCCUUGGCUGGCUUCCACACUUUCAUUUAGAAAAGAAAAAACAAACCAUUUCACUACCGAGUAUUGCUUUACAGAUUUAGGGUGUUUUUAUUUAAACUCAUUUAUUUCAGGGCCAGGAAACUCAAUGCAUCACUGCCUGUGCUAGAACACAGGCACUGGGAUGAUUAUUUUUUGAGGGAGGGGGAGGGGAGGGAUGCAUGCAUUUGUUAGCAGGUGUUUGUUCUUGGUAGUGAAAGGUGUAUUGUUUUUUUUUUUUAAUGUGCCUUGGAAUGACUUGCUGCUGUUUGCUUUUUUAAGGGAAAUCAUUGUUGCUGUUCAGAAUGGUCUCUGCAGUUUUUAGUUUUUGUUAAACUGUGAAAUGGGCCAACACUCCAUCGAGGGGUGCAGUAGCCCCAGUUAUUUUAAACGUUUUUUUUUGUCUGCUACUUAGUUUUUGUGCAAAAAGAAAAAAGUUAUUUUCCAGCUCUGUAGAGACAAUGCAUUAAAUAUGAUGUGGAUGACAAUCCUUUGCCAGUUUGAGCAGAUGUGCGCCAGAUUUUGAUGGGUCCUGCAUCAGGUAUUUGCAAUCUGAUCUAAAGCCAGGACUUUGAGCACCAACCUGUAUCUACUGUAGUUAUGUUGGGAAGUGGUAAUGUCAGAUUUGAGUGAGCAAGGUACAGUACAGUAUGCAGAAGGCGGUUGAUAAACUGGGGUGCCUUUCUUCUGAAGAAAAAUAAAUAUUAAAAAAAAUGUGAAUUCAUCAAGAACCCGAGACUUACUUGGCACUGCAACGGAAUUAGUUCACUUGUAGGUCUAUUCAAUCAGUGCUUUUCAACCCUGGUCCUUGAGCACCCGUAACUGUACAGCUUUUUGUAACAUAUUUAUUUUAAACAUGCAUUGCUUUCCAGUGCCCAGAAAACAGCACCGACAGCCAGCCUCUGGCUUUAAACGGUGUGUAGCUGCAGGGAUUUCUCUACAGCCUCUAAAUGUGUAAUAAUCAAACAGAACCAGAAAGGUUAGUAUUUGUAUAAAACUGAGACUGUAGCAAAACACAGUUCAAACCUCAACAGCGGGGGUAGGAGUGUAUGGUAAACAUUUGGUGAAGAUUGGUGUAAAAUGUAGUGCGACAAAAGGAUGAAACACAAACCUGGAGCGUGGAGUGUACUUGAAGACCAGUUUAAUCUAUAUCUCCCCUCUGACAGAGGUCCUGUGAGAUCUCUCAAUCAAAGGGAACCCUUAGCAGGGGCUGGAAGCGUUCAAGCUUUUUUUUUUUUUUUCUUGUAUUUAGGAAGCCAAUUACCUCAAAGUGAAUCUCUGUACAGUACUGUAUGCCUUAAUUCACAUUACAAAAAACAUUUUGUAGUAACAAGAUCUAUUUUAAUUCCCAAUUAACUAAUUCAUUGAGUUUUUAUGGUUAAUAUUUCAGUUAAACCUGUCGAUGGCAUCUUGUAAUGCUUCAGUCCACCUCAACACAGGUGCAUGCUUUUGUUCACAAACAGAUCGAGCCAUUGUAGAAUUGAAAAAUCUGCAGUUUUACACAACGAAUUAGGUGAUUGCAGAAAGCAGAUAUCCUUCUCAAGGUAUUAAGGAAACCUUGUGUCAACUGGAAGCAUCUUAUACAUACAAAUAUUUAGAAGAUAUUUCAGUGUAGGUCCUCACGUCAUUCAGCUGCACCGUAUGCUGUGCGUGUAGAAAACAUGCCAUAUGUAGUACACCUUUGUGUGCCUAAUUCCUCAUGAAUUGCCCUCUGUUCUGUAAUACAUCAAUUCUGAUCAGUAAUGUUUCAGGUCAGUAUCAGUCUUAACAGGACAGUACAAGCUACAGGCUUGACUGGUAGGUGCUACUGAGGCUGCAGGAAAACACAUAACUGUGGAUUCCCAUCUUUGCUGCAGGAAUUAAGAGGCAGUAAUUGAAUAAUCAUCACAGGGAAUCAGUACAGUCAUGGUGUACCUGCACUUGACUGACAGCUUUUCUAUUAUUUGUAAAACCCAUGUAAACAGAACUACAAGAGUCCCCAGGACCGAGUUCUGAGGGGUAAGGGAUGAUGUCAUUUGUAAUCUGGAUGAGCUGAUGUUUCCGUUGUGAGUGUUAGAAUGUAAAGUAAGUAACAUUUUAGUUAUUUAAAUGUGUUAUAUUGACCUA